GUCGUCGUGAAGGGCGUUGUCUCCCGCGAGAAAGCGUUGGAUUACUAUGCCAAGGCUGGCGAGGACUGGCUCGAAGGCUUCAAGCUCGGUUACAAGAGGGAGGACCCCUCCACGUGGGACGUCAAGAACCUCCCGAGGCACAUCUAUGGCGGCCUGUACGCGCAGUACAGCAUAGCCCAUGCACAGUUCGUCUGGGACGCUAAGAUGGAACCGAAGAUCGUCGAGCUGUUCGAGAAGCUGUGGGGGACUAAGGAGCUCACUGUCUCCUUUGACGGAGGAAGCCUGGCCGUGCCUAUCCCGCUAGAUCAGGUACAGGAGAACGCCAAGCCUUGGCCGCACUCGGACCAGAGCGCAUACCGGCCCCAGCUUCAUUGUGUCCAAGGCUUGCUGAAUAUCCUGCCCAACGGCCCCGAGGACGGUGGCCUCAUGGUCCUCAAGGGAAGCGCGAACCUCUUCGAGCAGUACUUCAAAGAGCACAUGCAUGAGGAACCACCCGAGAAGUGGAUCACCCGCGACGUCUUCUUCUGGGAAGAGGAGCAGCUGAAGUGGUUCUAUGAUCGUGGAUGCGAGUGGAUCAAGCCUGCUAUGGAGCCCGGUGACUUCGUCCUCUGGGACAGCAGGGAGGGCCAUUACGGUGCUUUCCCGAAGAAGGACAAGAAGCGGUUUGCUAUCUACAUAUGCUACAAGCCGAUGGCCUUCCUCACUGAAGAGCAGAAGGCGCGCAAGAUCGAAGCCUUGAACCGAGGCUACUGCACCACGCAUGAUCCCUGCGACUUCAUCAUCAAACGCGAUCAGGAAGCAGAGUGGAACAUCAAUUUCCCUUACGGGAAGCCGGUGCUGAACGACCAAGCGAAGAAGGCGAUCGGGUUGAUCCCUUACUGA